ACGGACACCAGGUGUGGCACGAGGAAACAGGUAGGGUUGUUGUUUCUGCGGACGGGCUACAGACAUCAGUAUUCUCUGUGGUUUUCUGACAAAGCGGACAGUUUUAUUUUAAGAGAGGAGCAUCUGAGGUUUGUUUACGCGAGGAAGGAAGGAAGUUUCCUGCAGGGAAAAAAGCAAUGAAUGGUCUAUAAUUAUCUCCAAGAGGGUUUUUUUUUUGUGUGUGUCAGUUUCUCUCGGUCUCAGACAGACGGUCGGUGUCGCGGGUCGUCUACAAACAUGGAGGACUGGUUUUAAAGCCGACAGCCAGUGUUUCAAACUGCACCACAGAGAAGAAGAAGAAGAAACUUCGUCUCGCAUAUGUUUCUGUCAGGAGUUUAGCUGAAUCAAUAUUUAUGCGUUUGGGAGAGCUCGGUUCGUCUGCACUCGUUUUGGUGGAGGUUUAGGUGAGUAAGCCGACGUUAAAUUUACUUUUAUGAACGCUAUGAUGUGUAGGAAGCUUUUUAAUGUUUAAACGUGUAUAUUAAACUUCUUUUAUAGUCUAGCUGUUUGGAAAAGCAGUCUUUGAUAUCAGGAAAUCAGUUUAUUGUCAUUAGCAACGCCCAGUAAACAGGAAACGCUAAUUUUACAUGCUCCUAUGUGACAUUGCCUACUGUAAAAAGCUCCUGAGGUUUCAUUUCCUCCACUAAUUUCUCCCAAAGUCAGAGAGAUAAAACUUUACAGUAAAAAUUUAGCUCAAAAAUAGUCACUCUUACUGUAAGUAAGCAGAGGUUUGUUUCAUAAGUGGAAUGAAUGACUUGUAUGUAAGUUGCAUCUGUUGCAGUGCAGAUGUUGGAGUGUUUCAAUGAAUCCACCCUUUACAAAGUUAGGGAGAACUUAAACCAGCUUUAAACGCCUCUAAACCAUUGGUAACAGAUGAUAUGUGUUUAAUUUUGCUAUUAUUUUUAAGAGUGGAAAGAGUUUAAAUUACACUUAUUUCCCUACAGUGUAAAAGCCACAACUUUAAACCAUAUUCAUCAUCAGGAGAUUCAAAAUAAUUAAUUCCAAACAAGCACAUGCUUUCCAUUUAUACCAAAACAUUUUAAGUUGGCUUCUGAAUGACUCAUGAAGUAAACAACUUAUGGUUUCAUUCUUUGUCGUUGUCAAAAACAGUCAUGUUCAUGUCUCUGUAUGAAUUUCGAGAAACAAUGCCACAGCUGUGCGGUUUACAGCCUCUAAAACUUGUGAAUUUGAUCAUUUUUUUGUUGCACAGGAUGAAAAAACUGAAGUAAUCACAGGUUUUGGGAAGUUGGAAUAAGUUUGGUAACUAAGAAAACAUUAAGAGCAACAACAAUGUGAGAAAAGAGCAAAUUCAUUACCAUACAUGCAACAUUUUUGUGUGUAAAUGCACAGUUUUCUGACAUUUUGCAGAAAAGCCGACCUCCAAGACAUCAAUACAAUAGACAAACCUAUUAUCAAAAACUGAAGAAAGCAUUAAAAUCCAAAUUAACUUUCGAAUAUGUCAUCUUGGGUGCAGGGCUGAUUCAGUGAUGGAGGCCAUUGACCUGGAGCAGCAGGAGCCGUUACCUGUGGACAGAGACGGCGAACAGGUCAGGACCGCGGCAGACCGGCCUGAUGGAGGCAGAAAGCUGGGGUGCUGCGAGAAGUUCCAGCAGUCGGUCUCAAAAUGGAUGCUUCCAGAAGACUCCCGCAGCAAGUACCUAGAAAGAGCCAACUGCUGCCCGCCCCCUAUCUUCAUCAUCCUCGUCAGUAUUGCAGAGGUAGAUCAUGUACACGACAUAAAAACACACAAGCGCUGGCAGGUUUGGUAUGGAUCCUGUGAUCUAGUUAUGCACACAGGCUUCACGCACCACCAUAGUGUUAAUUACUCUAUAGAUUAGCUGUGGUUUUAUUUAUUAGGGCACAUAUGGAGGUUAGGGUGUUACAGUUUUGAAUUUUAAAAACAGUUUUCAGCUGCAGUGUUUGAGCUUUUUCCAUGUGCUCCUCCUCUUCCCCCGAAUGAUGUAGUUUAUUAAGUGCAGCGGGCAGUGUGUCAAAACAAACAGUCAUUUUCAUGAGGUUGCGGCUUUAGCUCAGAGCUGGUACAGUUGAUCCCCACUGGUUGGGGAUUCAGAGAUGCCUCUCCUGGGUGUGUAAACAGGAAAGCUAGACCGGCGUUUGACUUUUAGAUUGAGGUAAAUAAACACUCAUGAGGAAUGCGGAGGCUCAGUAGAAGAUUUUACUGAAUAGCAAAAAAAGAGGGGAUGCUGCAGGCUCAUUUUCCUCAGGGCUAAAAGAGGAGGUAUGCUGAGUUAUUUAUCAUGUCUUCCAGGAAUGCAUUUUAAAUUAGCUGGCAUGUAAAACAAACAUCAGGAAGUUUGGACCAGUGCGCACACAAUGGGUACCAAUGAGAUACCAGUGUUAAAACAAAAAUCUGUAUGCCUCGAUAUGCGGUACAAGCUGUGGUACAGGCUUUGCAUAAAUGUUAGACCUUUGCUCAUCUGGCUGACAGUUGCAGAGUUUGUUUGUGUUGCUAGCUUGACAUUUCUCCAAACAGCUGAAACCGUUGGUCACACUGCAGGAGCUGGGUGGUUCCAACCAUCCUCCCUUUAAGCAAAGUGUUCAUCCAGCACUGGUUAAGGUGAAUUUAUCAGCCGUCAAUUAAAGGGAUAUUCUGGCGUAAAAUUAAUUUAGGGUCAAACACACGGUAACACUGAGUUAGACACCCCCUCGAGAGAUGAAUGUUGCCGACCACUUGCUUCUCCCAGUCAUAGUACUUGCCACCAAACAUCUUUUUAACUUUGCCUAAUUUUUUUAGCAAAGACACUCAGCACAACUCACCCACUCUCUUCCAGCAGCCGCUUGUUUGUAGCGGGACCUCGUGGCUUGACCUCAUUUCCUUGAAGUAUUCAAGGAAGGGGGUGUCUAACUCGGUGUUACGGUGUGUUUGACCCUAAAUUAAUUUUCGCCGGAAUAUCCCUUUAACAGCUAUUUGAGUCAGUAUAGCGUCGUUGUAUAAAUCCCAUCAGUUCUUCCCAUUUUAAAGCUCCUGUAAGGAAUUUUUUAAAAGUCAUUAAUAUACAAUUAAAUUUGUGUUAUGCAUUUUCAUCAUAUUUAUAAGCAAAUAAGACCAUUAGAAACUUGAUUAAUGAUUUUUAUAUGCGUAUUUUUAAUGCCUGAAAUCUUGUUAAAAGGUGUCUGUAACCGUUGGUCAUAAAUGGUCUAUGCCUCAAACUGAUUCCCACAGUCUUCUUGUAAGAUAUAAGUGGUACAACCGUGAAAACUAAAAAGGUUAAACACAUGACAAUAAUAACCUUUUAAUAAAGACAUUGGCAAUAAAACAACAUAUUGCAAAGAAUUUAUGUUGAACAACAAUGAAGUAAUGAAAUUAAAACCAACAGAAAAAGCAAAAUAGCUGUGAUCAUGCAGACCACGUUCUUGUUCAUGUGUCUCUUGCUGAUUUUCUGAUGCUGUCCCUCAGCGUACUCACACAUGACAUCCACGUAAUACUGAAUAAAAUACUAAAUACUUUUUCUUCAGCAAAGUGCAGUGUAAAAAUGACAGUAACCCCAAUGUAAAUCAAACUCUCCAUGAAACAACAAAAACAGCUUUUUUAAGACGGCAUAUUAACUUGUCGUCAUGGUGACCCAGCCUCUGCAUAUACUGUCCAUUACAGUGUCAGCUAAUGUAAAAUAUUGAUAGCUGCUGUAUACAAAUACAUCAACACUCUAAAUGUCUUGAGCUGCUAUGCCAGAGUAAGUGCAUUUGCUGAGAGUAUGAAACAGGACUGUGCUCGUACGUUUGUAUCAUUCUGUGCAUCACAUAAUAUUGCACAUCUGAAAACAGGUAACCUUUUAAACAACAUACUAUUAAGGGCAAAAGCAUCAUAUUUAAAUGUGCUGCUUUUCUUUGACAUGAAUACAAAUUGGCACCAUGUUGCUGUCACAAGACUGUUGCUUCCCUCUUGUUCUUAUCACUUAGUGUUUUUGCUCUCGGCCUGUUCAUACUUGUUGGUGAACAGCUCUCUCUUUGUGGCUCACAGACGUCCAGUGUCACUGCAUUUGAAUGUCAGUGAAUGCUUUAUGAAUUUAGGGGAGGAGGCGCAUUAUUUACCCCAGAGACAGAGAGGAUCCACUGAGCUGCAGUGUUCUCCCUCUGUAAUGAACGGACACAGUGGGGGAUUUUCUCCAUACAUCAGUUUGAGUGAUUCACUCGUCCACACUUUUGGGGUUUACUUCCACUCUCUAUAAUCCUGCUACUACACAAAAAAACGUUUAUUUCUUGUUUAUUUAGCAAAACUGAGAUGGAUUAUUUCACCGCCCUCUCAAAGCUGGAUCUGUCUGAUUUGAUUUCUUGUGUUUCUUCAGCUGGCAGUGUUCAUCUACUACGCCGUGUGGAAACCUCAGAAGCAGUGGGUGACGCUGGAUGACGGCAUCUGGAACAGCCCGCUUACAUACAAGCCUGAGUGCAGGGAGGAAGCGUGGCGCUUUAUCUCCUACAUGUUUGUCCACGCCGGGUAAGCGUUGGCAGGGCUUUUUAGACACCUUAAUUACACAGUGAGGGCUGGAGUCAUAGUGGGAGGUGGACUCAUUCACUCAGUCAUUUUACUCCACAGUGUUAUGGCUCUGCUCUAAAUAUCACUUCAGUAGAUCCUUUAAUCUUUGUGUUUUUCCCCCAUACUGUCAAACAUGAUUUAUUUCCAACACAUCUAUGCAUACUUUAACAUUAGUUUGACACUUCCCCCUUUUCUGAAUGUCUCUCUGUUUAUGUUUUUAGAUAUUAAACUACUAUCACAGUAAUAAAGGGGAGUUAUAUAAAGCUGGGGAGUAUUUUCAUUAAAAGAGGGCUUUGAAAGAGGAACACACCGGCCAUAAAAAUACAGAAACAUCUGUCUAAACACUGCAAGGUCAGAAGACGUGGCGUACCAGCAGACUCAGAAGUCAUGAGUGCAUUCGCCACAAAAACACAGGAAAACCAAAAAUCAUGACUACACAGAGGCGCAUAGGAAAACCUAGAUUAUCAAAGAGGAACAGCGGUCACAGUCACCCGCCAACAGUAACUGAAGGAGACGCUACAGGAUGUUUGUUUUGAGGAUAAAAAGGCUGCUGGUUUUCUUUAUUACCCUUACUGUGAACAAAUCCCAUGGAAAGACCCAGACCAACAAUGGUUUAUUGUUCAGUGUAGCCAGAUGCUGCUCAAAAAAAAAAAAAAGUUCAAAGAUUAUGUACAAAAAGUUUUUAUUUUUAAAGUCAACUGCACUAACAGGUCCUGCUGCUCAAAACAGUCCCUCAUGCACAAAACCUGUCGUAAUUGAAGCUUAAACGGUUUCUAACAAAAAAAAACAAAAAACAAAACUACAACUCCCAUCUGUUUAAGAAGAGUCUAAAAUAGUAUUACAGUUUUUCAGGGUUUGUUAGUAACCUUUUCUUACUUUUACAAAACAAGAAUUACAGGUGUGCAUUGUUUAGUUAUUCAAUCAGUAACAACACAGACGACCACACCACACUUUUCUCCACCCUGACAUACUGUUCUGUUAGAAUUCAACACUGAUAUAAACACUGUAAAUGUCAUGGUUUAGUUUUCUCAAAGUGACCUAAAAUACCGUAAUCCAUCAUGUGAGGUGACAUGUUUAUUCGUGUAAAUUACGACUUAACAGCUUUUUUCUCUCACAAUGUUAUUCUCAUAAAGUUGUGACUUUAUUCUUUAAUCUUAAAGGGAUAUUCCGGCAUAAAAUUAAGGUAGGGUCAAACACACGGGAACACAGAGUUAGACACCCCCUCGAGAGAUGAAUGUUGCCGACCACUUGCUUCUCUAGUUAUACAACUUUAGUAAUGACCACAGAGAGCCACGCACUCAACCAAAACGCCACUCUAUAGCCACAAAUAAUGCUCAGAACAGCUCCUAACUUCAUCAACAGUACAUAUAGGGUCCUAGCCACAACACAAGCCACCAAACAUCUUUUAUCUUUGCCUAAUUUUUUUUAGCAAAGAGACUUAACACAAUUCACCUACUCUCUUCCAGCAGCCGCUUGGCGAAUUCAUCACUGACUACAGCGGGGUGACGCUGCUCAAGGAAGAACAUUUAUGAUCAUUUCCUUAUGGAAAUGCAAUCAGAUUGAGACCUACCGCGUCUGCAGUGCAAAAUGAUUAAUUUGAUGAUUAUUACAUUAAGGAAAUGAUAAAGUAAUGAUCAUAAAUGUUCUUCUGUGAGCUGUGUCACCCGCUGUAGUCAGUGAUGGACUAGCCUGAGGUCUCGCUGCAAACAAGCGGCUGCUGGAAGAGAGUAGGUGAGUUGUGUUUUGUCUCUUUGCUAAAGAAAUCAGGCAAAGCUAAAAAGAUGUUGAUGAAGUAAGGUGCUGUUCUGAGCAUUAUUUGUGGCUAUAGAGUGGCUUUUUGGUUAAGCGCAUGGCUCUCUGUAUUGCUAUCUGCGGUCAUUUUACUUCUUUGUGUUUGUAUGAUUUUACACAACAAUAGUCAAAUACUUUCUGCAUUGUCCUCCUCUCUCCCUCCUCAGUGUGGAGCACAUUGUUGGGAACUUGGUGAUGCAGCUGGUUGUGGGAAUCCCGCUUGAACUGGUGCACAAAGGAUUCGAAGUGGGGUCGGUUUACAUGUCAGGCGUCCUGGCAGGUCAGCAUUUCCCGUUUAUCUGAAGCUCCUGUUUAAUCACGAACAGCUUACAAAGUACCGUCCUUUAGCUUUAAAUCAUCAGUGUUUGUUAACGGGAGGAAGUUGUGUUUCUGAAGCUGACUGGUCUUGAAGUCGUGUUUUCCUGUUUGUGUUAGAGCGAGUCCUGGCUGUCACUAAUGUAUUUUCUGUUUUCCUUCAGGCUCUUUGGCGAGCUCCAUCUUUGAUCCUGACAAGGCUCUGGUGGGAGCUUCUGGGGGAGUUUAUGCCCUGAUAGGAGGAUAUUUCAUGAACGCAGUUGUUGUAAGUUUUCAAACAGUUAAACAGAAAUCGAGGCUGUCAAAUAUUUUCUAUAACCAUGAUUAAUGACAGGAUUUCAAAACUUGGUUGGAAUAAAUCACAGUUUUCAACUUCCAUUUAUAUGACUUGAUUCAAGAAUCAAAGUGGGAGGAGUGCCUGUACAAAAUCUCUCAGUAUAUCCUCAGGUCUGUGUCGACACACAAACUCCCAAACAGGCCGCUGUCGGCUUAGCUCAUAGGUGGUAGCUCAAACGUGAAGCUUAAACUCAAACCCGGGGAAAGUUUAAUACCCUUUGACACAGAGUACAUACAACUUUUGACUCAUCGCCUGAGCAGAUGGAGUAAAUUUAAAGUAAAAUGUGCUGUGGUGUCAUUGCUUUCCACGCUCUGGCAGCUUAACAAAUAGCACAUGAUUAAAAAAACUCACAGGUUGAUCCUGACAGACCUGAAGUGAGCGUAAAGCUGCAUUUUUAUUAUUCAGUUUUUACUCAGAUUUCUCUAGCUAGGGUUUAUUUGAGAGGAUUGUGUUGUAGAUUAAAACAAAGACUAUAAGUAAAAAGGAAAGACCCUCGACACAGUUUCAGUUUAAUUAUUAACAUAAGACAAUUUGAUGUUUGUCAUUUAGCUUCUUUCAACCUAAACUUUUAAAAGUAAAAGUUUUGCCUCGUAUUGUUUUUUUUUAACAAUAUAAUAACUAUUUAUGUGAUCCAACCCUUGUGUACACACUCCCUUGGUGUUUUUGUUGAUGUGUUUAUUAUUUUAAAUUGUUCCUACUUUAUUUAGAUAUUCUAUAUUUAAGUACCGCUACAGAAAACUAAAGCUGGUGACUGUUUGAAUUCACAGAAUUUCCGAGAGAUGAUUCCCCUCCUUGGAGUGUUUCGUAUCCUCCUCAUCGUCAUAUUCGGUAAACUCUCAACCUUCAUUCUGUUGUUUUUCUCUCAUCUCCUGAAACGCUGACUCUAAAGGGUUAAAUAAAACCGCUGCACUCUCUCUCUCCAGUUGGUACAGAUUUUGGAUUUGCCUUCUACAGAAGAUUCGUCAAUGACGACACCGCUGUCAAGGUAGGAUUUAACACCCUCCCGUACAACACAGGACUCCAGCUGAGCAAUAACAGCGGAUUCGCUCAAACUGUGCUUCGCUUAAACUCACAUAAAUAAAAGAACCCAAAGAGGGAUCUAGCUAAUCCUGCUAACCUUUAGUAAUGGAUUUAAUUCGCCUGUGGGUGCAGACAGGAUCGUAGCUCUUGCUGGGACUUGAUUAUUCAUGCAGACAUGUAGCUCCUGACAACAAACAUUCCUUAUAACCAGCUUCCAGUAAUCCAGCGUACACCAUGACUUUUUUAAUGUUCCUCAGUAGUUCAGCUUUUAGAAAAGGAACGACUGAAACCUGAUACUGUCUGUCUGUCCCUCUUUUUUCUUUGCAAUCAUUUGUUUGGGCUGCUAAACUAGUUCUGCAGCAUUUCCAUAAGGUGGGAUGUCACUCGUCUAGAGCCUUUGUUGAAUUUAAUUUAGGAAACUAGUGUCAUACACUUACCCUGACUCCUUCUCUGUCUUCCCAGGUGUCCUUUGUGGCUCACUUUGGAGGGAUUGUAGCCGGGAUGACCAUCGGCUAUGUCUUCUUCAGCGAUUACGACAAGAAGCUCCUCAAGGACCCGCGUUUCUGGAUAUGUAUAGUGGGAUAUUUGGUGUUUUUAAUCUUUGCCAUCCUUUAUAACAUUUUCCUCUCCCCAGCACCAACAAUGUAGAGUCUUAAAGCCCUCGCACUCAGCAACCUUUAAAAAGUUCACACUAAAGCCUUAAAGUCACACUCAGGAAGAUGAUUUUUAACAGCGUUUUUUUAAUCCGGAGCAAAGUCGCUGAUCAGGGACUUUGUGAAUGUCAUGUACAUGGUUUAUUUUUGUACAUUUUCUAUCAGAUUUCCUUUUGUUAGUGGAUCAGGGCCUCCUGCUUUUAAUCUUUAUCAUUACAGAUGUACUUUAUACCUUAGAUAGUUUUUAUUUGAGUUUGCUUUAAUAGAUUUGAUAUUUUAGAUCUUUUUUGAAUGUCGUGUACAGCGAGAAGCUAAUAGUUCUCAUAAUAUGGAUGUGAUCUUUUUGAGCUUGAGGGUUUUGUUUGUUAGUUUUUAAUUUUUUCUAAUGUUUGGAAAUGGAUGAUCACAGUGUUCAUAAUUCAUAUCAUUUUUCUGUAAGAGGACAUAAUACCUAGACUGAUUGAAAAGUUGCAUGCUGUUCACUGCCCAAAAUCUUCAAUUUAAACGUUAUAAACUGUUUAAAGGUGACGCAUUCAUGAUAUGUGCCUUGAAUAUGGUAAAUUUCCUCUUUGCAGUCACAACACAAUAUGACAUAAUGAUGUUUGGCUUUGUGACAGCAUUAACAAGAAGACAGAGUUUACUUAGAAGUCAUCAGGAAAAGAGGAAUGUAAAAGUUUUAUAGUGAGGUCUUGGCUUCAUGCCGAGACAUUGUUUCAAACAUUUCCUGUUGACAGGAAGCAGCUAAUUAUGUGUUGAAUAGUAAACUGUUGAUGAUUUUUCCUGACAUGUUUUUUUUUCAACCCUUGAAAAUUAAACUUUCCGCUCCUUUUGUGACUUGUAAGGACGAUUGCAUAAUUGUGAUACAGCUCAUUAUCCCUUUCUUAUCAAUCGGGACAUGAAGUGUGUCAUUUUUUAGCAUCAAUUCAUUUUAUUUCAGAAAGGAGCUUCCAAGUCUUAGAUCGCAGGUAAAGUGUAACCAAAGACCAAACAAGAGACCUCUUACACUUGGUGUUGCAUUUCCACGACUCAAUAUUUAAAUGCUUUCUUUGUAAAAUUCUUGUUUUUAAUAAAAUUUGUCAAAUUGAAA